UUGAUUACAGAAGACAAGAAGCCUGACAGUGGUUUGCUGAUCGACUUGUUCUCGAAGAACCAAAAUGCUGCUAGAAAACUGCAGAUUCCACCAAUUGAGCAGGAGCACCGAUAUUCAAAGCGUCAGCGUGUAGAAGAUGAUGGUCCGAUAGAUCACGACCUUAUGGCUGCCUUAGGAUUUGGAAAGAAUCGCCAAAGAAACAACAACGUAGAAAAUGAUGUGAAACGGACUGAGCACGUGACUACGAUCGGAGAUUAUCUUCGCUCUGUAACGACGUUCCCACCGAUUCCGAAAGAAGACAAUCACGUUGGGGCACUCCAUUCACCAAUAUCCAUUGAACGCAGACCGUCAUCAGAUCCUCCAAAAUGUGUGGCCCCUUUGCACAAAUCAAUCACAACCACGCCAUCACCGUCGGCUCCAGCCUCCUCAAAGGAUAAUUGUCGCGACGUGAGGUUUUUGCAGAAAAGAGCUUACGAAGCACAAAUUGCGAGAGAAGAAGCGAUGACAAAGUAUUAUCAGCUGAAGAUGAAGAAACUGGAGCUGGAAAUAGAACAGCUGCAGCAGAGCAAAGUGAAAGUUGAGAAUGUAAACAACAACAUGAGUGAAUAA